AUGACGGGCAGAUCGCGCCGGGGGGUCAAAUUCCCCCACGCCAAGCACAACGGCCACGACGGCCGUCGUGCUAGCUUCAGCGAUGUCAGCGAGGAAGGGUCGCCGGCGAAGUUGAGAGGCUCUGGGACCCUCGAGAACAUAGAAGAGAAAACCCAAUCGCCUGAAGAGCAGCAACAGUCCGAGUACGAAAAGAAGAAGGCCAACUUCAUCACGCGCACCUUCUGGACCCUCGUCAUGAUCGCCGGAUUCUUCGCCGCCCUGUUCAUGGGCCACGUCUACAUCCUCGUGAUCAUCACGGCCAUACAGAUAAUAUCGUUCAAGGAGGUCAUCGCCAUCGCCAACGUGCCGAGCCGUGCGCGCGACCUGCAGUCUACCAAGAGCCUUAACUGGUACUGGCUGGCGACGACCAUGUACUUCCUGUACGGAGAGAGCGUUGUCUACUACCUAAAGCACAUCGUCCUGGUCGACAAGGUCCUGCUGCCCCUCGCGACGCACCACCGCUUCAUCAGUUUCAUCCUCUACGUCUUUGGCUUCGUGUUCUUCGUCGGCUCGCUCAAGGCCGGCCACCUCAAGUUUCAGUUCUCGCAGUUUGCCUGGACGCACAUGGCGCUGUUCCUCAUCGUCGUGCAGGCCCACUUCAUCAUGAACAACGUCCUCGAGGGCAUGAUCUGGUUCUUCCUCCCCGCGGCGCUCGUCAUCACAAACGACAUCUUCGCUUACAUCUGUGGAAUUACGUUUGGUCGCACCCAGCUCAUCAAGCUGUCGCCCAAGAAGACGGUCGAGGGCUUCGUCGGCGCCUGGAUCAUGACGGUCCUCUUCGGCAUCGGCCUCACCUCGGUGCUGCUACGCUCCAAGUACUUCAUCUGCCCGGCGACGGACCUCGGGGCCAACAUAUUCACGGGCCUGGACUGCGACCCGAACCCCGUGUUCAUCCCGCGGACCUACUCCACGCCGCAGCUGUUCUUCCUGCCUGACAAGUACCAGGUCAGCGUGACCAUGGCACCCAUGCAGAUCCACACCUUCUUCUGGGCCAGCUUCGCCUCGCUCAUCGCCCCGUUCGGCGGCUUCUUCGCCUCGGGCCUGAAGCGGACCUUCAAGAUCAAGGACUUUGGCGACUCGAUCCCCGGCCACGGCGGCAUGACCGACCGUAUGGAUUGCCAGUUCAUCAUGGGGCUGUUCGCGUUCAUCUACUACCACACCUUCAUCGCUUUCAAGCGGUCCUCGGUCAGCCACGUUAUGGAGUUGGCCAUCAUGGAGUUGACGGCCGACGAGCAGAUCGAGGUCAUCAAGGGCGUGCUGAAGUACCUGAGUAACCAGGGUGUUGUCGAGCCCGAGACGCCCGCUUCGUUCGACAAGCUCCUGGCAGCGAGCAGGCACAUAUGA